UACAAUUUACGUGUUUCUGCUCUAUUUCCUCCCAAUCUCUGAACUGCCUCAGUGGCAACAGUGCUGACUAUGAAGCCAAUAUGUUUUGCAACCCAACUGGUAACAGGUAUCAGACCUCACAUUUCAUCCCUGUGCGUGUCCUGGGGUCCAGAGUUGUGGGCUAGUGCCAUUAACCGCCUGCAUGUAUCUGUGUGUCUAAUAAGUAGGCUGCUCCGCCACUGCGCAACGAUUGCAGCUAUUGCAGCGAUGGAAUUGACGCAAACUGACCCAGUUCCCCCAAAAAGUGUUUUAAAACGAACAUGGCGGCAACUUUACCCAGGUCCAAGAUGACUCUGGCCAUCGGAAGAAAAUAUCCAAGGCAUUCUGCCGAGAAACGGACUGGCAAGAUCAUCUGGCGUACAAUCAAAAGGCUUUUGAUUUCUCAUAACUGAAUCCGGGAAACAGCAGUAGUACCGGCACCAGCAUCAAGAGGCUCGCAACAGCUGGUCUCUCUCUGCGCGCGAGCACAACCCCGGAGAGCAGAAGAGCGGGAACGGGGCGCGAGGCAUGCGGUUACAGAGAACGCGGUUUCCCCCCGGAGAGCCAUGGAGAACGGGGAUGCGGCAGCGCAAGGCUUAAUCUGUGCGGGCGCGCUAAUUGGAUCGGAAUAGCACACCGACGGGGUCGUGCGGGAGAGAAGAGCGCCAAGGACCGACGGCGGCACGGCAGCCCACCGCUACCGAGGAGAAAUAACCCGAGUCCAUCUCCCCAAGUCAAUGAGUAUAGUGGCAGAGGAGCCCCCACGGUGGAGUCGGCCAGAGCUGCGCUUUUCCUAAAAUAUGACCAGGGGUGUUUGGAUGUGUCGGCAGCAAGAUGACGGCUUAAAAAUCUGGUUUGCACCCCGAGAGAACGAGAAGCCAUUUACCGAGUCGGAGCGGGCCCAGAGAUGGCGCCUGUCGCUGGCCUCUCUUCUCUUCAUCACGGUCCUGCUCUCUGAUCACUUGUGGUUCUGCGCAGAGGCCAAACUGACGCGAACCCGAGACAAGUGGCAGGAUAAGCAGCUCGCCUUUACAGACAUGGCCGAGUACCUAAACUCGACUCACCAUCACCACAUCCACUCCUCUGACUCCCGUCCCCCCCACAGCCGCCUAAACAGAGUUAGAGAUGUUAUUUUUAUAGGGAAUUCUACCAAACAUCUAUGGCGACUGGACAUAUGUCACCCGGACAGCCUGUCUAAAGACUGCUUCACUUUCACGGACGCAGAGCCCGUGUGCCUUGGCCUCUCCGGGGGCGGGGAGGAGGGCACGCAGUCCACGGACGUGAAUCUGAGCGAUUUGUAUCUUUCUUUUUGUAAUUCCUACUCUCUUGUGGAUUUGUUUAGCGGGUUUACGAGUCCGGACAAUAUAAACUGCAGCCUGGACGUGGCUGAGGGAGACACGCUGGGAUGCAGCGAGUGUGUUCGCGCUUACCAGCGCUUUGACCGGCAAGCUCAGGAGGACUACCAGGAGUUUGAGCUGCUGGUUGGGAAAUAUGAGACGGAUGAAUACUCGGUCAGGACAUGUAUGGAAGAAUGCAAGACGGUAUAUAAGCCCUGGCUGUGCUCGCAGUACUUCCAGACCACCCAGAUGCACUGCAGUAAGAGGAUCCCGUGUGGCCAGUACUGUCUGGAGGUGCAGCAGAGGUGUCCCUUUAUCCUGCCUGACAACGACGAUCUCAUCCAUGGAGGAAGUCCCAGUUUCAUAUGCACAGGGCUGUUGGAGGAGUACCCUGGGGGUGUGGAUGCAGAUGCAGAGUGCUGUGAUGUCCGGUGGGACUUCCAGAUGGAAGCAGACAACAACCGUUCUCGGGGGACCCUCAAAAGAACUCACCCAUCCUGUCACCACCGAACCUCUCUCAGUUCCUCGGCCGCGUGCAGACUGUGCAACAGCCGGCUCAAACUCUGCCUGCUAGUCCUUGUCCUCCUGCACACUGUUGCCUCCCUCACCGCAUCCCACAAUGCAACGGGUGUGGGCUUGGGUCUUCCCGCCUCCCUCACCCCUCUGGAGGAGAGUUCCCCCACCAACGAGGAGUGAUGGGAUGGCUGAGGACUCAUGUUGUCAUGGCAACAGCGUAGCUAUGAGGAUUUGAAACAUCUCUGCCUCGGUCGUGAAUGCUGGGUAAUGGAGUCUUUGCAGAGGUUUGGGACUACUUGGAGACAUACAAAUCAAUCAAAACAAACAGACUAACAAAUGAACAAACAAAGAGAUAAAAAACAUGACUGUGGUGGGAAUGUGGGACAAUGCCACAGCCUUUGUUGACUGCAAAGGCCUCCUCACUGCUGAGUUUCUCUCUCUGCUCUUUUUUACACUGUGUUCCUGUUCUGGCUUUUUGUUGCACUGGCUGACUACGGGAUAACAUUCACUCUCCCUCUUUUUGAAUUUCCAUCCGUUAUGUUUUAUGUUGUUCCUUUAUGGGUCUCUUGCGCAGGAAAAUGUCUCAUCGAUAUAGGAUAGAAAACAUGUAUCAAAAAGCAAAGUUGUGAGUGUGUGCAUGCUUGUGUGUGUGAGUGUGUGUGGAUGUGUGUGUCCACUCUGAAGUCUCCCCUUAUUUGGGUUCCCAUUCCUAAAGCUUCUUGAGAUGUAGGAAAGGACUCUAAAAUGUUAGAGUAGUAAUUUGUUCUCAUGUUCUCUCUCACAGUAUCCCUGGUAAAGUUAACACACACCCACAUUUCAUCAGAUUACACUACUGGCCAAUCUCUCAAUAUAGAAGACAACCCCUUAACCCAGCCGUAGAUAUACAAAUAUUCCACUCUGAAUCCUGUCUCUACCACACUGUCCAUUCCCCAUGACAUCUUCUCAGUCCAGCACUCCACACACAGGUGUGAUGUUCUACUUUCUCUUUAUUGUUUUGUCUAAUCAAGAUGUGUAAACUCUAUACUGUACUUGCAUGUGGAGGCUCUCUUAAAUGAUGUGAAAUUCACAGCCUUGUUGGUUUGCUUUGCGUAGCCUUAGCCACGCUGUGUUACAGAACACUACUGCACCCCCAAAAGACCACCAGUGCGGUAGCAGUGGCCUCUGUUUUUCACUGCAUUGUUCAACUUUUUUUACAUAAAUCUCACAUUAAGUAAAGGGCUUAUUGCUAUAUACAUAUAUACACACACUCACACAUCACGAGACGGGUGUAUGGCUUGAGGUAUCUCAUUUGGCACUGCAAGCUUAAGGGUACAACUUCAAAGGUAAGCGUUUGCUUACAAGGCGGUUCAUGCUUUGCUAUAGAGAACGGGCAGGUGUAGAACCCAGUAUAGAGUAUGUUUGAGGAGAAACGUUGGGCGGCAGAGUGAGGUUGAGAAGCUCAGCGGCAGAUGUUAGCAUUACUGUUUGCAUAAUGGUUAACGAUAGCUGGAAGAAAAGGCAAUCUUUAAGGGUUGUUUUUAUUCUUUCUUUGUCCCGUUGUUUUCUAGAUAAUGAACUGAGCUGAUGGAUACGUGAGUCAGGUUCUGAUAGGUGAGUCAGGUUCUGAUAGGUGAGUCAGGUUCUGAUAGGUGAGUCAUUGUGAAGUCUGUCUGAUGUUUACUUGUUGUUUCACUCAUAUUCAUGACGCAUUCACAACCUCCGGGAGAGUUGGGGAAUACGACCUGUAAACUCGGAGCAACGAGGUGUGUGCAUUCACGUGCUUUAAAACUAGAUGACACAUGAAUUCAAUAAUUAACAGCAAACUAGCUACCUUAACCAUAAACCAAAAGUAGAGCUAUCACACUCAUAAACAAAUAGUGUUAAAAACAAAAAAUACAUUUUUGUGGUUGCAUUUAACUGCCAAAAAUGCUGUCAUCGAAGUCAUUUCCUUAGGUGAUGUCAGAGUUCAGAAUGUCAGAGGUGUCGGGUUCCAAAUCAUUACAACAGGUGUAGACCUUACAGUUUUAAUAAAAAUAAGUGUUAAAAUAUGAUUUACUAAAUAAGCUAAAGUUAAAAAGAAAAAAGAAAAUUAACAAAUAAUUAGAGCAACAAUAAAUGAACAGUAGCGAGGCUAUAUACAGGGGUUACCGGUACAGAGUCAAUGUGCGGUGGCACAAGUUAGGUAAGGUAAUUUAGGUAAUAUGUACAUGUACUGUAGGUAGAGGUGAAGUUACCAUGCAUAGAUAAUAAACAGAGAGUAGCAGCAGCAUAAAAAUGGGGGGGUGGGGGUCAUUGCAAACUAUCUGGGUAGACAUUUGGUUAGGAGUCUUAUGGCUUGGGGGUAGAAACUGUUAAGAAUACUUUUGGACCUAGACUUGGCGCUCCGGUACCACUUGCCAUGCGGCAGCAGAGGGAACACUCUAUGACUAGGGUGGCUGGAGUCUGACAAUUUUUAGGGCCUUCCUCUGACACCACCUGUUGUCGAGGUUCUGGAUGGAAGGAAGCUUGGCCCCAGUGAUGUACUGGGCCGUAUAGUCUACCCGCAGUAGUGCCUUGCUGUCGGAGGCCGAGCAGUUGCCAUACCAGGCAGUGAUGCAACGAGUUAGGAUGCUCUCGUUGGUGCAGCUGUAGAACUUUUUGAGGAUCUGAGUACCCAUGUCAAAUCUUUUCUGUCUCCUGAGGGGGAAUAGGCUUUGUUGUGCCCUCUUUACGGCUGUCUUUGUGUGUUUGUACCAUGACAGUGGACACCAAGGAACUUGAAGCUUUCAAUCUGCUCGUCUACAGCCCUGUCGAUGAGAACUGGGGUGUGCCCGGCCAUCCUUUUCCUGUAGUCCACGAUCAUUGUCUUGAUUACGUUGAGGGAGAGGAGGUAAUCCUGACACCACACUGCCAGGUCUCUGACCUCCUCCCUUUAGACUGCCUCAUCGUUGUCGGUAAUCAGGCCUACCACUGUUGUGUCUUUGGCAAACUUAAUUAUGGUGUUGGAGUCGUGCUUGGCCAUGCAGUAAUGAGUGAACAGGAGAGGACUGAAAACGCACACCUGAGGUGCCCCUGUAUUGAGGAUCAGCAAGUCAGAUGUGUUGUUACCUACCCUUACCACCUGGGAUGGCCCGUCAGGAAGUUCAGGAUCCAGUUGCAGAGGGAGGUGUUUAGUCCCAGUGUCCUUGGCUUAGUGAUGAGCUUUGAGGGAACUAUGGUGUUGAACGCUGAGCUUCAGUAAAUGAAUAGCAUUCAAACGUAGGUGUUCCUUUUAUCCAGGUGUGAAAGGGCAGUGUGGAGUGCAAUAGAGAUUCCGUCAUCUGUGGAUCUGUUGGGGCAGUAUGCAAAUUGGAGUGGGUCUAGGGUUUCUGGGAUAAUGUUGAUGACAUGAGCCAUGACCAGCCUUUCAAAGCACAUCGUGGCUACAGACGUGAGUGCUACGGGUCGGUAGUCAUUUAGGCAGAUUACCUUGGUGGUCUUGGGCACAGGGACUAUGGUGGUCUGCUUGAAACAUGUUGGUAUUACAGACUCGGUCAGGGACAGGUUGAACAUGUCAGUGAAUACACUUACCAGUUGGUUAGCACAUGCUCGGAGUACACAUCCUGGCAAUCCAUCUGGUCCUGCGGCCUUGGGAAUGUUGAUAUGUUUAGAGGUCUUACUCACAUCAUCUACGGAGUGUGAUCAUACAGCCAUACCAGAUUGUGCUCUCAUGCAUGCUUCAGUGUUGCUUGCCAGGAAGUGCGCAUAGAAGUCAUUUAGCUUGUCUGGUAGGCACGUGUCACUGGGCAGAUCGCAGCUGUGCUUCCCUUUGUAGUCCGUAAUUGUUUGCAAGUUCUGCCACAUCUGACGAGCGUCGGAGCCGGUGUAGUAGGAUUCAAUCUUAGUCCUGUAUUGACACUUUGCCUGUUUGAUGGUUCGUCGGAGGGCAUAGCGAGAUUUCUUAUAAGCCUCCGGGUUAGCUCAGUUGCCUGUAAUCCAUGGCUUCUGGCUGGGGUAUGCACGUACAGUCACAGUGGGGACGACAUCAUCGACGCAUUUAUUGAGGAAGCCAUUGAUUGAUGUGGUGUACUCCUCAAUGCCAUCGGAAGAAUCUCAGAAUAUUUUCCAGUCUGUGCUUGCAAAAUAGUCCUCUAGCUUAGCAUCUGUGUCAUCUGAUCACUUCUGUAUUGAGCGAGUCACUGGUACUUCCUGCUUUAGUUGUUGCUUUUAAGCAUUAAUCAGUAGGAUAGAGUUAUGGUCAGAUUUGCCAAAUGGAGGGCAAAGGAGAGCUUUGUACGCACCUCUGGUUGUACCUGUGACAUGCUGGUAGAAAUUAGGUAAAACGGAUUUAAGUUUGCAUGCAUUAAAUUCCCCGGCCACUAGGAGCGCCGCCUCUGGAUGAGCAUUUUCUUGUUUGCUUAUGGCCUUAUACAGCUCGUUGAGUGCGGUCUUAGUGCCAACAUCGGUUUGUGGUGUUAAAUAGAGAGUUAAGACAAAUACAGAUGAAAACUCUCUUGGUAUAUAGUGUGGUCUACAGCUUAUCAUGAGAUACUCUACCUCGAGACUUCCUUAAUAUUAGAUUUCGUGCACCAGCUGUUAUUGACAAAUAGACCCAGAACACCACCACUUGUCUUACCAGAGGCAGCUGUUCCAUCUUGCUGAUGCAAGGAAAACCCAGCCAGAUGUAUGUUAUCCAUGUUGUCGUUCAGCCACGACUCGUGAAACAUAAUAUGUUACCGUUUUAAUGUCCUGUUGGUAGGAUAGUCUUGAUCGGAGCUCCUCCAUUUUAUUAUCCAAUGAUUACACGUUGGCUAAUAGGAUGGAUGGUAGAAGUGGGUUACCCACUCACCGUCGGAUUCUUACAAGGCACCCCGACUUAUGUCCCCUAUAUCUCAGUCUCCUCUUCAUGCGAAUGAUGGGGAUUUGGGCUUUGUCCAGGGUGAAGUAAAUCCUUUGCGUCCGACUCGUUGAAGAAAGUAUCUAAGUCCAGUACAAGGUGAGUAAUCACUGUUCUGAUAACCAGAAGCUCUUUUCAGUCAUAAGAGCCGUUGGCAAAAUAAGUUACAAAUAACGUGAAAAAACACACACAAAAGCACAACUGGUUCGUAGCCCUUAAAUUGGCAGCCAUCUCCUCCGGUGCCAUUCUUUCAUUAUUAUUUUACUGUUUCCAGAGAUGAUACCAGAGUGGCCACAUUUUAAGUAACACUUGGGCUUUUUGUCUCCUAUUUUAAAUAACUGAUAGGUUGUGAAUUCAGGGUCAGUUCAUUUGACCUCAUAAUUUCCUCGCUGGUUCACCAGCCUGUUUUUCCAUAGGCCAACAGUAGAUGGGAAUCUUGACUAGGUUUAUUUCCAGCAUGCAGUAUAAAUUAUGAAUUAAAAGUAGAAGAAUGUCAGAGGAAGAUUGAACCACUGGAAGACAGCUGAGGGUCAUAGCAGAUGCAUAGGGAUAUAGGAGGCUGAGGUCUGCAUGCGUCCGUACAUUCGUGCGUGUGUGCCUGUAUUAGAGAGGCUUUUGGUGGCUCACUAAUUAGUCAGGUUCAGCCUAGAUCCAGUCUUCUCUGGAUACCUCAUCAGCAUGUCUGUGACCUUGGGGCCUGCAGGUUUAGCGAAAACCUUCAGUCCUCAGAUCUCAGAUGUCCAGGGUGAAGUAAAUCCUUUGCGUCCGACUCGUUGAAGAAAAUAUCUAAGUCCAGUACAAGGUGAGUAAUCACUGUUCUGAUAACCAGAAGCUCUUUUCAGUCAUAAGAGCCGUUGGCAAAAUAAGUUACAAAUAACGUGAAAAAACACACACAAAAGCACAACUGGUUCGUAGCCCUUAAAUUGGCAGCCAUCUCCUCCGGUGCCAUUCUUUCAUUAUUAUUUUACUGUUUCCAGAGAUGAUACCAGAGUGGCCACAUUUUAAGUAACACUUGGGCUUUUUGUCUCCUAUUUUAAAUAACUGAUAGGUUGUGAAUUCAGGGUCAGUUCAUUUGACCUCAUAAUUUCCUCGCUGGUUCAACAGCCUGUUUUUCCAUAGGCCAACAGUAGAUGGGAAUCUUGACUAGGUUUAUUUCCAGCAUGCAGUAUAAAUUAUGAAUUAAAAGUAGAAGAAUGUCAGAGGAAGAUUGAACCACUGGAAGACAGCUGAGGGUCAUAGCAGAUGCAUAGGGAUAUAGGAGGCUGAGGUCUGCAUGCGUCCGUACAUUCGUGCGUGUGUGCCUGUAUUAGAGAGGCUUUUGGUGGCUCACUAAUUAGUCAGGUUCAGCCUAGAUCCAGUCUUCUCUGGAUACCUCAUCAGCAUGUCUGUGACCUUGGGGCCUGCAGGUUUAGCGAAAACCUCCAGUCCUCAGAUCCCCCAGGAGACACAAUACUGAAUAGUCCCAUUAAUCAUUUCUUCAUCUUCAUGAGCACCAGAUUACAGCAUAUAUACACCUUCAUGAACAUGACAUCUCCAUCAGCCUCACAUCCCCUCAUCCCUUUAGACCUAUAUCAGCAUCACACCUCUAUCCUCCCCUCAUCCCUACAGUACAUCAGCAUUACACCUCUAUCCUUCCCUCAUCCCUAUAGGCCUACAUCAGCAUUACAUCUCUAUCAUCACCUCAUCCCUAUAGAACUACAUCAGCAUUACAUCUCUAUCAUCACCUCAUCCCUAUAGACCUACAUCAGCAUUACAUCUCUAUCAUCACCUCAUCCCUAUAGACCUAUAUCAGCAUUACAUCUCUAUCAUCCCCUCAUCCCUAUAGACCUACAUCAUUACAUCUCUAUCAUCACCUCAUCCCUAUAUAACUACAUCAGCAUUACAUCUCUAUCAUCACCUCAUCCCUAUAGACCUACAUCAGCAUUACAUCUCUAUCAUCCCCUCAUCCCUAUAGACCUACAUCAUUACAUCUCUAUCAUCACCUCAUCCCUAUAGAACUACAUCAGCAUUACAUCUCUAUCAUCACCUCAUCCCUAUAGACCUACAUCAGCAUUACAUCUCUAUCAUCCCCUCAUCCCUAUAGACCUACAUCAGCAUUACAUCUCUAUCAUCACCUCAUCCCUAUAGACCUACAUCAGCAUUACAUCUCUAUCAUCACCUCAUCCCUAUAGACCUACAUCAGCAUUACAUCUCUAUCAUCCCCUCAUCCCUAUAGACCUACAUCAUUACAUCUCUAUCAUCACCUCAUCCCUAUAGAACUACAUCAGCAUUACAUCUCUAUCAUCACCUCAUCCCUAUAGACCUACAUCAGCAUUACAUCUCUAUCAUCCCCUCAUCCCUAUAGACCUACAUCAGUAUUACAUCUCUAUCAUCACCUCAUCCCUAUAGACCUACAUCAGCAUUACAUGUCUAUCAUCACCUCAUCCCUAUAGACCUACAUCAGCAUUACAUCUCUAUCAUCACCUCAUCCCUAUAGACCUACAUCAUUACAUCUCUAUCAUCACCUCAUCCCUAUAGACCUACAUCAGCAUUACAUCUCUAUCAUCACCUCAUCCCUAUAGACCUACAUCAUUACAUCUCUAUCAUCACCUCAUCCCUAUAGAACUACAUCAUUACAUCUCUAUCAUCACCUCAUCCCUAUAGACCUACAUCAGCAUUACAUCUCUAUCAUCACCUCAUCCCUAUAGACCUACAUCAUUACAUCUCUAUCAUCACCUCAUCCCUAUAGACCUACAUCAGCAUUACAUCUCUAUCAUCACCUCAUCCCUAUAGAACUACAUCAGCAUUACACCUCUAUCAUCCCCUCAUCCCUAUAGACCUACAUCAUCAUUACAUCUCUAUCAUCACCUCAUCCCUAUAGACCUACAUCAUUACAUCUCUAUCAUCACCUCAUCCCUAUAGACCUACAUCAGCAUUACAUCUCUAUCAUCACCUCAUCCCUAUAGACCUACAUCAUUACAUCUCUAUCAUCACCUCAUCCCUAUAUAACUACAUCAGCAUUACAUCUCUAUCAUCACCUCAUCCCUAUAGACCUACAUCAGCAUUACAUCUCUAUCAUCACCUCAUCCCUAUAGACCUACAUCAGCAUUACAUCUCUAUCAUCACCUCAUCCCUAUAGAACUACAUCAGCAUUACACCUCUAUCAUCCCCUCAUCCCUAUAGACCUACAUCAUCAUUACAUCUCUAUCAUCACCUCAUCCCUAUAGACCUACAUCAUUACAUCUCUAUCAUCACCUCAUCCCUAUAGACCUACAUCAGCAUUACAUCUCUAUCAUCACCUCAUCCCUAUAGACCUACAUCAUUACAUCUCUAUCAUCACCUCAUCCCUAUAGAACUACAUCAGCAUUACAUCUCUAUCAUCCCCUCAUCCCUAUAGACCUAAAUCAGCAUUACAUCUCUAUCAUCACCUCAUCCAUAUAGACCUACAUCAUUACAUCUCUAUCAUCACCUCAUCCCUAUAGACCUACAUCAGCAUUACAUCUCUAUCAUCACCUCAUCCCUAUAGACCUACAUCAGCAUUACAUCUCUAUCAUCACCUCAUCCAUAUAGACCUACAUCAUUACAUCUCUAUCAUCACCUCAUCCCUAUAUAACUACAUCAGCAUUACAUCUCUAUCAUCACCUCAUCCCUAUAGACCUACAUCAGCAUUACAUCUCUAUCAUCCCCUCAUCCCUAUAGACCUACAUCAUCAUUACAUCUCUAUCAUCACCUCAUCCCUAUAGACCUACAUCAGCAUUACAUCUCUAUCAUCCCCUCAUCCCUAUAGACCUACAUCAUUACAUCUCUAUCAUCACCUCAUCCCUAUAUAACUACAUCUGCAUUACAUCUCUAUCAUCACCUCAUCCCUAUAGACCUACAUCAUUACAUCUCUAUCAUCACCUCAUCCCUAUAGACCUACAUCAGCAUUACAUCUCUAUCAUCACCUCAUCCCUAUAGACCUACAUCAUUACAUCUCUAUCAUCACCUCAUCCCUUUAGACCUACAUCAGCAUUACAUCUCUAUCAUCACCUCAUCCAUAUAGACCUACAUCAGCAUUACACCUCUAUCAUCACCUCAUCCCUAUAGACCUACAUCAUUACAUCUCUAUCAUCACCUCAUCCCUAUAGACCUACAUCAGCAUUACAUCUCUAUCAUCACCUCAUCCCUAUAGACCUAUAUCAGCAUUACAUCUCUAUCAUCACCUCAUCCAUAUAGACCUACAUCAUUACAUCUCUAUCAUCACCUCAUCCCUAUAGACCUACAUCAGCAUUACAUCUCUAUCAUCACCUCAUCCAUAUAGACCUACAUCAGCAUUACACCUCUAUCAUCACCUCAUCCCUAUAGACCUACAUCAUUAUAUCUCUAUCAUCACCUCAUCCAUAUAGACCUACAUCAGCAUUACAUCUCUAUCAUCACCUCAUCCCUAUAGACCUAUAUCAGCAUAACAUCUCUAUCAUCACCUCAUCCCUAUAGACCUACAUCAGCAUUACAUCUCUAUCUUCACCUCAUCCCUAUAGACCUACAUCAGCAUUACAUCUCUAUCAUCACCUCAUCCCUAUAGACCUACAUCAGCAUUACAUCUCUAUCAUCACCUCAUCCCUAUAGACCUACAUCAUUACACCUCUAUCAUCACCUCAUCCCUAUAGACCUACAUCAGCAUUACAUCUCUAUCAUCACCUCAUCCCUAUAGACCUACAUCAGCAUUACAUCUCUAUCAUCACCUCAUCCCUAUAGACCUACAUCAGCAUUACAUCUCUAUCAUCACCUCAUCCAUAUAGACCUACAUCAUUACAUCUCUAUCAUCACCUCAUCCCUAUAGACCUACAUCAGCAUUACAUCUCUAUCAUCACCUCAUCCCUAUAGACCUACAUCAGCAUUACACCUCUAUCAUCACCUCAUCCCUAUAGACCUACAUCAGCAUUACAUCUCUAUCAUCACCUCAUCCCUAUAGACCUACAUCAGCAUUACAUCUCUAUCAUCACCUCAUCCCUAUAGACCUACAUCAUUACAUCUCUAUCAUCACCUCAUCCCUAUAGAACUACAUCAGCAUUACAUCUCUAUCAUCACCUCAUCCCUAUAGACCUACAUCAGCAUUACAUCUCUAUCAUCACCUCAUCCAUAUAGACCUACAUCAUUACAUCUCUAUCAUCACCUCAUCCCUAUAGACCUACAUCAGCAUUACAUCUCUAUCAUCACCUCAUCCAUAUAGACCUACAUCAUUACAUCUCUAUCAUCACCUCAUCCAUAUAGACCUACAUCAUUACAUCUCUAUCAUCACCUCAUCCCUAUAGACCUACAUCAUUACAUCUCUAUCAUCACCUCAUCCCUAUAGACCUACAUCAUUACAUCUCUAUCAUCACCUCAUCCCUAUAUACCUACAUCAUUACAUCUCUAUCAUCACCUCAUCCCUAUAGACCUACAUCAGCAUUACAUCUCUAUCAUCACCUCAUCCCUAUAGACCUACAUCAUUACAUCUCUAUCAUCACCUCAUCCCUAUAGAACUACAUCAGCAUUACAUCUCUAUCAUCACCUCAUCCCUAUAGAACUACAUCAGCAUUACAUCUCUAUCAUCACCUCAUCCCUAUAGACCUACAUCAUUACAUCUCUAUCAUCACCUCAUCCCUAUAGACCUACAUCAUUACAUCUCUAUCAUCACCUCAUCCAUAUAGACCUACAUCAUUACAUCUCUAUCAUCACCUCAUCCCUAUAGACCUACAUCAGCAUUACAUCUCUAUCAUCACCUCAUCCCUAUAGACCUACAUCAUUACAUCUCUAUCAUCCCCUCAUCCCUAUAGACCUACAUCAGCAUUACAUUUCUAUCAUCACCUCAUCCCUAUAGACCUACAUCAUUACAUCUCUAUCAUCACCUCAUCCCUAUAGACCUACAUCAGCAUUACAUCUCUAUCAUCACCUCAUCCCUAUAGACCUACAUCAGCAUUACAUCUCUAUCAUCACCUCAUCCCUAUAGACCUAUAUCAGCAUUACAUCUCUAUCAUCACCUCAUCCCUAUAGACCUACAUCAGCAUUACAUCUCUAUCAUCACCUCAUCCCUAUAGACCUACAUCAUUACAUCUCUAUCAUCACCUCAUCCCUAUAGACCUACAUCAGCAUUACAUCUCUAUCAUCACCUCAUCCAUAUAGACCUACAUCAUUACAUCUCUAUCAUCACCUCAUCCCUAUAGACCUACAUCAUUACAUCUCUAUCAUCACCUCAUCCCUAUAGACCUACAUCAGCAUUACAUCUCUAUCAUCACCUCAUCCCUAUAUAACUACAUCAGCAUUACACCUACAAUACUUCUGCACAUCUGAAAAUAAUCUUCUAGUAAACAGCCUCAUUCUGUCUUUCCAUCUGAGAGAGGAGUGAGAAAGAGAGAGACAAAGAUUCAGAGGGAGGGAGGGUAGGCAAAUGUAAAAAGGAGAGAGGAUGGUUGAGGAUGGUUGACUAAAGUGGACUCUAGCCCAAAACCCGAAAUCAGUAAGAGUGUGUGAUGUCACAGCAGGGCUGUAAACAAACCUUUUGGGGGGGCAAACUAUGAAAAGGGCACCCCAAAAAAUAUGUUUCUGCAACAGCGGUCACAGACUCGUUGAGCAAUUAUGACUAAAUAUUUAUACUGAAUAAAAAUAUAACGCAACAUGUAAAGUGUUGGUCCCAUGUUUCAUGAGCUGAAAUAAAAGAUCACAGAAAUGUUCCAGAUGCACAAAAAAACGUAUUUGUUUCAAGUUUGGUGCAUAAAUGUGUGUAAAUCCCUAUUAGUGAGCAUUUCUCCUUUGCCAAGAUAGUCCAUCCAUCUGACAGGUGUGGCAUAUCAAGAAGCUGAUUAAACAGCAUGAUCAUUACACAAAAACGUGCAGUUUUGUCACAGAACACAGAAUGCCACAGAUGUCUCAAGUUUUGAGGGAGCGUGCAAUUGGCAUGUUGACUGCAGAAAUGUUCACCAGAGCAGUUGCCAGAGAUUUGAAUGUUCAGAUCCAUCCGGCCUCACAACCGCAGACCACAUGUAACCACGCCAGUCCAAGACCUCCACAUCCGGCUUCUUUACAUCGUCUGAGACCAGCCACCCGGACAGCUGAUGAAACUGGGUUUGCACAACUGAAGAAUUUAUGCACAAACUGCCAGAAACGAUCUUAGGGAAGUUCAUCGGGUGCUCCUUGUCCUUACCAGGGUCUUGACCUAACUCCAGUUUGGCGUCAUAAACGACUUCAGUUGGCAUAUGCUCACCUUAGAUGGCCACUAGCACCCAGGAGGAGUGUGCUCUUCACGGAUCAAUCCCGGUUUCAACUGUACCUGGCAGAUGGCAGACAGCGUGUAUGGUGUUGUGUGGGCGAGCGGUUUGCUGAUGUCAAUGUUGUGAACAGUGCCCUAUGGUGGCAUUGGGGUUAUGGUAUGGGCAGGCAUAAGUUACAGACAACAAACACAAUUACAUUUAUCAAUGGCAAUUUGCAUGUACAGAGAUACAGCGACGAGAUCCUGAGGCCCAUUAUCGUGCCAUCACCUCAUGUUUCAGCAUGAUAAUGCUCAGCCCCAUGUCGCAAGGAUCUGUACACAAUUCCUGAAAGCUGAAAAUGUCCCAGUUCUUCCUUGGCCUGCAUACCCACCAAACUUAUCACCCAUUGAGCAUGUUUGGGAUGCUCUGGAUUGACAUGUACACCAGCAUGUUCCAGUUACCGCAACUUAGCACAGCCAUUGAAGAGGAGUGGAACAACAUUCCACAGGCUAAAAUCAACAGCCUGAUCAACUAUGUGAGAAAGAGAUGUGUUACGCUGCAUGAGGCGGUCAGAAACCAGAUACAGAAUGUUUUUUUUUGGGGGGGGGGGUAUUUCACCCCCUUUUCCCCCCAAUUUCAAUCUUGUCUCAUCGCUGCAACUUGAGUCAUGCAUCCUCCGAAACAUGACCAGCCAAACCACACUUUUUAACACCAGCCCGCUUAACCCAGAAGCCAGCCGCUGUCGGAGGAAACACUGUUCAACUGACGACCGCCUGCAGGCGCCCGGCCCGCCACAAGGAGUCACUAGAGCGUGAUGAGCCAAGUAAAGCCCCACCCGGCCAAACCCUCCCCUAACCCGGACGACGCUGGGCCAUUGUGCACCGCACCUUGGGAUUCCCGAUCACGGCCGGUUGUGUUACAGCCCGGGAUCAAACCCGAGUCUGUAGUGACACCUCUAGAACUGCGAUGCAGUGCCUUAGACCGCUGCGCCACUCAGGAGGCCCUACUGACUGGUUUUCUGAUCCACGCCACUACCUUUUUUUUAUGGUAUCUGUGACCAACAGAUGCAUAUCUGUAUUCCCAGUUGUGAAAUCCAUAGAAUAGGGUCUAAUGAAUUUAUUUCAAUUGACUGAUUUCCGUAUGCGAACUGUAACUCAGUAAAAUCUUUGAAAUUGUUGCAUGUUGCGUUUAUAUUUUUGUAAAGUGUAGUUACAUAAAAGCAAUAGAUGGCCACAUCUUAAUGGCUAAUGAAAUGACACAUAGUUAAACUUGAUUUUAAAGAUGACUUGCGGGCAGUGGGUUCAGAACAACAAAAACUGUAUACAAAAUAAAAUACAUAAUUACCCAAAACAAAAGGGCACUUUAGAGACUGGAAGGGCAAAUGGGCAUGUGCUCUGUACAGGUGGAGCCCUAUCUGCGUUACAGUAUGCAAGGGAAUCCUGCACACGCCCAGAAUAAAGCCAUGCCUCUUUUAGAGAGCUCUAAAUAGUAUGUACUGAGAGAAAACAUAAGUAUCACCAAAUAUAAGUCUCUUCUCAGCAACUACAAUAUUACUAGCCCCAUCCUGCUGCCCUCAUUAAAGGUGUUCUAAAAAUACAAUGUUAGCAUGUUAGCUGCUCCUACCUACAACUCUGCUGUGAUUUGCUAUAUUAGAUUCCCUAUUAAAUCUAAAUCAAAUCAAAUGGUAUUGGUCACUGCGGGUGUAGCGAAAAGCUUGUGUUUCUAGCUCCAACAGUGCUGUAAUAUCAAACAAUUUCACAACAAGGCAGAUGGUAUCAUGCUAAUGUUGUCUAAGGCCCUAUCAAUACAAUCUGGAUCACAAUGGCUCAUGAUGCUGUACUUUAUGUAACAUGGUCCUCCAAAUGAUUACCAUGACCCGAUCUAAGGACAUCUAUACUGUUCUUAUCCUGUCCCACUCUUUCCUGUGUGCUACUGCCUGAUAAAAAUGUCUCUUUGUCUCUCCCUCCCUCUUUUUAACCAUGGUUACGUUCUAUCUCCUGUGGAUCUAUGCAGAAGCCCAUUCCUUUUUUGGGGUUUGGAAAUAUGUCCUCUUGAAUGCUGAACCAUGUAUUAUGUAUGUCUUUGCUUUCAGGUUAUCUUGCGUUUUGAGUUGAUGUCAUGUUUCUAUACUCUUCCUCUUGAAUUUUUUCCCCCUUGAGUGUCUGAAAUCAUUGGUUGCGUUUUUGUUAAAGCAGGAAGAGAAUGCAGUGGCGCUUAACCAAUAUAAUUUUACUCAGCUUCACAACCUUAUUGAGAGAGGUUAUGGGACUGUGUGUGUUUGAGAGAGUGAAAGCUAUAUGAUUAUUUAAAAGCGUUUCGAAGGCAUAUAGAAGUAUCAUUACAAUCAUGAUUAUUAUGAUUACUAUUAUACGACUGAUAUAUUGUAAUAUUAUAGAUGCUUUAGUUCAGUAACUUCUUUAUUUAUUUUUUUUACAAAUGACUUUGAUGAAAUUAUUUAUAAAUCAAUCUCACGAGUCAUGAUCUUUUGGAAAAGUAUGAAAACUACUUGUAUGAUGAUUAAAAUGGUGUUCUGAUUAAAUGAAAUGCAGACAUAUAA